AUGGCUACCACGCUAAGCCUUCACCUCAAGUCUCUCGAAGACGAUGACCCCUGGAUCAUCGAGCAGAGGAAUUUCGCUAUCAUCAAUGACCUCCUGCAACCAGACAGCCAAUUUUCUGUCGCCGAAGCGGCUACUCAGAUGAAUGACCUCACUCCCAUGAAGCGAGAGGCUCGGGGUGAAGAGGAUGUCGAGGAACCAGAAAGCUAUUUAAGGGAGAUAUGGGCUUUCUUUAUCAUCAUUUGCAAGCAGGUUCCUCAGGACCAUCAAUCACAGGACAGGCUGGUUUCCUUGAUAAGAGAAUUGACGCUGCUACCAUCCGAGGAGUUCAAUAUAUGGAAGAUGAACAAGGCCCGCAUUUGGGCAGAUUUGCCUUUCAUGCCGGAGUGUUGGUGGGAUGACUGGGAUGGGACUUCUGACUCGUGCGACUAUAGCCCUGCUGAGCAAGGCAUCAACUUCUUCGCGUUUUCAGCGCGACUCCUCCAGUCAGGGUUUACGGGCCUAGAAAAUUGGUUGACCCAUUCCGUUACAGAAAGAUGGUUCCGCUUCUCUGUCACAGCCAUGAGUUACGCCUUUGAAGACCGACCUGCCGAUCCCGUAACUCAUAAAUGGAAGAACCGGGAUUAUCAAGUAUGUGCAGCCGCGCAGUGGAUCGAGCAUUCUAGAGGGGCAAUGUUCCAGAAAGCAGAACUCGAGUUCUCGACAAGAGAACAAAAGAAGCCCAAUGAAACAGCAGAUCAUUCUCUUUAUAAAGGUGAAGCCGGCAUUUCCCGAGAAGCUUGGGAUUUUUGGGAAGUAAAGUUUCGUGCGUUUGGAGGAGAAAGGGCUGGAGAGGUAUCUGAAGAAACUGCAGCUAUUUGUCUUAAAGCUGCGCAGCAGAUGACAGAGCUAAGCCUUACUAGAGAUGGUUAA